UUACCACAUCAGACGCUAAUCACUUGAGCGCCGCGUAUUGUGCGCGGCGUAUUUGCGCGUGCUUGGCGUGCUCUAACCAGCAACGCGUUAUUCCAUGGGCGAUUCGGACCCGUCAUCGGAGGAGUCGCAAAGGCCCUCGCAGAACUCCCAACUAUCUCAGCUGUCUCAACUAUCGCGAGGAUCCAUCGUCUCCGAGACCCAUCUGUUGGAUUCUUCCAGCACUGGGGGCCGCAGCGCAAUAAUACCGGAAUCUGCCAUCUACCUGAGCGGAAUUAUAGUUGCCGUCGUCAUUCUUGGUGUGAUCUCCGUCAGUGCUUACGCUUUCAAGGCCAGCAACUUCCCAUACGUUAACUCUACUAGGGAUGAGGAAGAAAUGGUAGUCGCCGGCGAUGGCAGCAUUGGCGCAACUAGUGACGCAGCUGGAGAGAGACCGAGCUUGGGAUUGGGGGUUCGAGAUGAAUCCAACAGGGGAGACAGGAUGAAGGGAACAGACUCACAUGCUACGACUCACGCACGGACAACGCGUCGAAAACUGUCAUCUCGACGACAGACGAAGAGGAAAACGACAACUACGAGUGAGAGCACGAGUGAUACUACUGAGGAAGACAGUCCCUCUCCCAAAGUUACAACGACCACUGAGACGGAUGAUGACGACGACGACAAUGACCGCACCACAACGCGCAAGGCGAAGAUAACAAGAGAACAGACGACUGGUGCUAUCAGUGUCCAGCAGGCGAACGGUUCGGUAUACUCGGAAGGAACACCGUCUUUGCCGCAGAGUACGGCGCCCAAGCCUUACAAGCCUGUGUCUCAGCCCCUGUUGUGCACGGUAUCGUCGCUGGCAGUGGAAGAGCUACGUUACCCGCUUGAGUACUGCAGCCAUUUGGUGUACACCCACGCUCACUACGACCUUGAUAAGCACGUCUUCACAGCUCCUAUGGCGUCCCUGAGCUUCAACACGUUUCUCAAGAGCAACCAAAAGGCAGAAACUAGAGAGGCCAACAGCGGGACGCGCAGCCUUUACAUGGUUUCACUUCCGGGAAGUUUCCUGGAACAGGUCCGUUCCAGAAUAGAGAAGAAGAUGGCUGUCACUACUGCUGCAAUGGCUGCCUGGUUGGAAACAGAAGGGUUGGCAGGAUUGGCGCUAGUCGAGCAGACGCUGACGCCAGAAAACGUCAACUUCUAUAUUGAGUUUACCAAGGCAUUGCGUAAAGCCAUGCCCCACAGAAUGCAACUCAUCUUGGGUUUCUCGUCCGCCUUCCUGAGACUACUCAAGAAAGAAAUAGCGACCCUGGCAAAUGACCUGGACUACCUGAUCCUGGAGACACACGUCAAGGAAUUCCCCGAGCAAUGCCUCGCCAUGUUUCCUACGGCAUUCAACGCUUCAAGGAAUCCCAAGGUUCUCCAGCUUAAGAAGAACCUCUUUCCGCGUAAGGCCUUGGACUUGAAGUCUGAACUUGUGCCAGAGUCCUCGAAGACGUGCAUCUCGAUCCUCAUGGCGGUACUCAUGUACGUCGUGCCUCAGGGACUGCUCCACGCGCCUUCUCAGGACUGCGUGGAUUUCUCGUGGGCUACUUACUCUGAGGUGUGUCAUCAGAAGAAGGAAUUCAAAUAUUAUGAAUGGGCGGAGGCGGUGAUCCAGUCGAUUCAGUCCCGGAUGUACAUGUUUGAUGACGACACCACCGUUGUGAACAAGGUAAAGAAGGUGCUGCGACUUAGCCCCAAGACGUGCAUCGCCCUGUACCGGACGGACCUGGACGACUACUCUGGCACCUGUAACAAAGGCAGACCAUUCGUCCGGGUCGCCGCUGUGCGUCGAGCUGUCGGACUUUGACCAUUGCAGUGUUAAAUGAAUUGUUUGUACAUAAACCCA